GGGGCAGACAGCUGUCCGGUCUCGCGCGGCGCAGUUUUCAUAUAUGGUCACGUAAUCAUGGCAACCUUGACAUACCCGUUCUAAAAACAGACCAGACGUGGAGGAAGGUGACGAAGCGUUUUGUACGCGUCCCACACGGGUAGACAGUAUUACAACUGCAUUUCUUUUGUAAGAAAAUAAAAAUAAACAGACCAACACACACCAGAGUGUGUUUGACGAGUGCGUGCGCUUCGCGUGAUGAGCGUGGGUUUGGAUCUUUGGUGCCCAAGAACGCGCGAGACCAUGGAGAGUUUGGAGAGGCAGCUGAUAUGCCCUAUUUGCCUUGAGAUCUUCACCAAGCCGGUGGUGAUCCUACCGUGCCAGCACAACCUCUGCCGCAAAUGUGCCAAUGACAUCUUUCAGGCCUCAAACCCCUACCUGCCCACACGAGGAGGUUCUACAUUGGGCUCUGGUGGCCGGUUCCGCUGCCCAUCCUGUAGGCAUGAAGUGGUUCUGGAUAGGCAUGGGGUGUAUGGCCUUCAGAGGAACCUGCUGGUGGAGAACAUCAUAGAUAUGUACAAACAGGAAUCCAGCGGCAGCAGUAAGCCUGAGCCAGAACUGAAGAACGAUGUGUUGAUGUGUGAGGAGCAUCCGGAUGAGAAGAUUAAUAUAUACUGUGUGACCUGCUCUAUUCCCACUUGUUCGCUAUGUAAAGUCUUUGGGAGUCAUCAGUCCUGUCAGGUUGCUCCACUCAAAUCUGUCUACGAGACCCAGAAAACCGAGUUGUCUGAUGGUGUUGCUGUGUUGGUUGGCAACAAUGACAGAAUUCAGGGCGUCAUCAGUCAGCUAGAGGAAAGCUGCAGUGCAGUGGAGGAGAACGGUCGUAGGCAGAAGUCUCGUGUAUGUGAGUGGUUUGAUCAUCUGUAUGCUCUUCUGGAAGAGCGCAGAGGAGAACUCACACUGAAGAUCACCGCAGAACAGCAGGAGAAACUUGACUACAUCGGUGGCCUACAGUGCAAGUACAGAGAGCACCUGGAUAACACAGCUAAAUUAGUGGAGACAGGAUUUCAGACGAUGGAGGAAUCUGAGAUGGCCAUCUUCUUGCAGAAUACGAAGCCUUUACUACAAAAGAUAGCAGAAGGCAGGAAUGUGUCUCAUUUAGAAAAGGUGGAACGUGGAUAUGAAAAUAUGGAUCAUUUCACUGCAAACUUCAGCUCUGAACGUAGAACAAUACUUAGCAUGGACUUUACCAAGGAUGGUGAUGAAAAUGAAGAGGAUGAUGAUGAUGAGGAAGAAUUAGCAGGUACUGUUAGUCCAGAGACUCAGACAUCUUCAUUGGCUACACCCGCCACGGCCCAGCAGAGACAAACCCCUGUACCGACAUCUCCACCAAUGGCAGCUGACUCCUGCCAGAUGUCAUCAAAACCAAGUCAGUCAGUGAACAUCAACCCAGCAGAAAACACGCCCUUAUUUACGCCCACUCUAGACACAAGUCACAACUCUUCCACAGACGCACCUGCUCAGGUAACUGCCGGUCCCAGCCAGACAUCUGAGGAUGGACCAUGCCACGUUUUCUCUUUUUCCUGGUUAAAUAUGCCAAAAUAAUAUCAGACUAAGUUAGUAAACCUGCAACAUCACAGUACGUUCCAGAAAAGUACUUCAUAACUAAUAUUUUGUUACUUUGACACUACAGUCAUAAAUAUGCAUUCAAUAUCAAAGUAGGAAUUUGGCGAGAUAAAAACACAACUGUUAGGCCUAAAUAUUCAUUGAUAAUAUUUUCUGACUAAAGUAGCUGACUAAAAUGGAAAAUAAAGGAUUAUUAAUAUGUGUAUAAGUCUUGUCUUUUGU